GGCACCAUCGCAAUUUUACGUCACAUUCGAACCUCUCGAGGUCGCGCGUUUUCUGCUCGUCACCGUUCGCGUUGCUUCUGUCGGCGAUCGCGAGAUAUCACCGAAGGAUUAACUCGCUGAUUACGCGCGUGAUAAUAGUUUUCGUGAAAAGAAAAGAGAUUCCGAGAUGCAACCUCAAAUAAUCCUGCUGAAGGAGGGCACAGAUGCGUCCCAGGGAAAACAACAAGUGAUAUCCAAUAUAAAUGCAUGCCAGAUCGUUGCGGAUGCUGUUAGGACCACCCUGGGCCCUCGCGGCAUGGACAAGCUCAUAGUUGAUCAAAAUGGGAAGAGCACCAUUUCCAACGAUGGUGCUACCAUUCUGAAAUUGUUGGACAUUAUUCAUCCUGCUGCAAAGACUCUAGUGGACAUUGCCAAGUCGCAAGAUGCAGAGGUUGGAGACGGCACAACUAGUGUAGUUUUGCUAGCAGGAGAAUUCUUGAAACAGAUGAAACCGUUUAUAGAGGAGGGUGUCCACUCACGUAUAAUUAUUAAGGCUCUCCGUCGCGCUCUUCAGAUAGCUAAAGUUAAAAUUAAUGAGUUAAGUGUCAAAAUAGAUAAAAGUGACAUGAGCAAACAGAUUGAGCUCCUAGAGGAAUGUGCGGCCACGUCCAUGAGCUCAAAGCUGAUACACCAACAGAAAAAACAUUUCAGCCAGUUGGUCGUCAAGGCUGUCAUGAUGCUAGAUGAAUUACUCCCUCUCAACAUGAUCGGUAUUAAAAAGAUUUCUGGAGGCGCGUUAGAGGAUUCAGAGCUGAUCCAAGGAGUGGCCUUUAAAAAGACUUUCUCUUACGCCGGAUUCGAGAUGCAACCGAAAAAGUACGAGCAAUGCAAGAUCGCGUUGCUGAAUAUCGAGCUGGAACUAAAAGCCGAGCGAGAUAACGCAGAAGUGCGCGUGGACAAUGUGGCAGAGUAUCAAAAGAUCGUCGAUGCCGAGUGGCAGAUUCUCUACGAUAAGCUCGAACAGAUUCACAAGAGCGGCGCGAAGGUAGUGCUCUCCUCAUUGCCGAUUGGCGACGUCGCAACACAGUAUUUCGCGGACAGGGAUAUGUUCUGCGCCGGUAGGGUACCCGAUGAGGAUCUCAAGAGAACAAUGAAGGCAUGCGGUGGUGCGAUUCUAACCACCGUGCAUGACAUCAAGGUGUCUGAUCUUGGAAGAUGUCAGACCUUUGAGGAGAAGCAGAUUGGCGGCGAGAGAUUUAACAUCUUCUACGAGUGCUCGCGGGCGAAGACAUGUACAUUUAUCCUACGUGGAGGCGCGGAACAAUUUCUAGAAGAGACGGAGAGGUCUCUUCAUGACGCGAUCAUGGUCGUCCGACGAAUGGUGAAGAAUGACGCGGUGGUCGCCGGCGGUGGUGCCAUCGAGAUGGAAAUCUCUAAGACUCUGCGCGAUUAUUCGCGCACCAUCGCUGGCAAAGAGCAGCUCUUGAUAGGAGCGAUCGCGAGAGCUCUCGAAGUCAUUCCGAGACAAUUGUGCGAUAACGCCGGAUUUGACGCGACGAAUAUCUUGAAUAAGUUGCGCCAGAAGCAUCACAAGGGCUUGCAGUGGUACGGCGUCGAUAUAAAUUCGGAGGAUAUCGCGGAUAACAUGCAAUGUUGCGUCUGGGAGCCAGCGAUAGUGAAGAUCAACGCGUUGACGGCUGCCACGGAGGCCGCCUGCCUCAUUCUCUCUGUCGAUGAGACUAUUAGGAAUCCCAAGAGCAGCCAGGAUUCUCCGCAACCGCCUAUGGGACGCGGCAUGGGCAGACCAAUGUAAUCCUGUCUCGAUGUCAUCAGGCUUAAUAAUACAAGAGAACUACAUAACAUAAAGAAAUAACAGCACAGCUUAUAACGCGAGCCUUGAUAUCGCGGCCUUUGGCUCUCAACAUCUUUUGUACAUGCUGAUAUUUAUAAUGAAUCACAAUGAGAUAAUGAGCGAUUUCCUGUUUAAAAUAAAAGCUUAUUGUUCCUUAGAUAUGUAAAAGCACAUGUAUCUACGAAAGUUA